GCCUGUUCGGUGGGCUGCCUCUCUACCUUCGCACUUUUGCAUCUCUCACAUUGCCAGAAACACCCAGCACAGCCAACGCAGCGGGUGCAAAAGGCUCAACAUCCAACACGGCGGAGAAUACAUCAUGUCGGCACCGCCCCUGCCGGAGUUCUGGACCGAGGAAAAGGAUGCAAAGGGGCGCACGUAUUUCUCUAACCAUCGGACGCAGGAGACGACAUGGGAGAGGCCGGUGGCAAGCGUCCCUCAGAGAGGACCGGACCUUCCUCCUCCCUACGGUGGCAACGCAGCCCAUUGCGCAGCGGUCGCUGCCCCCCAAGCGGCACGGUCAGGCCCCUGCUGUACGCCAAGGCUGACGUUCUGGAUUUCCUGCGCGUUGGGCUGGGUCAUCUGGGUCUUCGCUGUUGCGGCCUCUGCGGACGACAAGUGGGCCAAAAUUGACGGCUUUGACAUUGGUGCAGGGGAUGAGGACAUCCUGGACGAUUGCGAUUCAAGCGAUGACGUGUGCUCCCUAUACAAGGCGUUCACGGCGAUGCAGUUCAUCGCCGCCGUGGUGGUGUCGGUGUCGAUGGUCCUCUUCACCCUCGCCCUGUUCCGCCCGGCGGCUGGGCUCAAGUGCUGCAGCGUCAAGUCCCUGGCGAUCGCCGCCGGCAGCCUGAUGAUGGCCUUCGCCUUCUUCGAGAUGCUGGCCUUCGUUCUGAUUAUCGUCAUCGAGAAGGAACUCGACGGCGAGUUUAAUACCGGCUUCGGCUUCGGCGAGGCCGACCUCGGAGCGACCUUCGGUUUGGCGGUCGUAGCGGUUGUGUUGGGAGUGGUGCAGGCCGUUUCGGUCUUGACCUUCGCCCGCAGCUCUGGAGACGGGCCCUUCUUCAAGUGUUUAAACGAGUGCAUGGCGAUGAACAACGCCCCCAACGCCGCUGCCAUUCCGACCCAGCAACAGCAGCAGCAGCAGCAGCAGCAGCAGCCGCCCCUGCGCACGGCAGUCUUCGCGUCGGCCGCAUCUACGCAAGCCCCGGCGCCAGCGCUGACGGGGCCUGCAAUACCCGCCGUGGCGGCGCCGGUGCCCGCGGAGCCGGCAAGCACGGCGGUCUGACCCCUCCACCAAGUACACGGGGACGUUUGAUGGCGGCGGCGGCGGCGGCGGCGGCUGUGAAAGCGAGUACAUGUUUGGCGUAUGCCGCAUACAUAAAUUUUGAAGCUCACCCCGCUGCGGCACGUUAUACAGGGUUCGGGGUCGGACCGAGGACCGGUCCGAGAAGUACCUAGCAACGACCCGCGGGGGUGGGGUGUACUCAUAGUCGUGCAAGCCUAGUAGUCGUUUGACCAGUGACCUCUCAUCCCUACAACGCCGGGACGGAGCACGCCGCGUUCUCACCGGACCAGGCUCUCACUUGGCCAAGCGCGAGGCGCCGUGAGGUAUUCGGCGAGUCUUGAGGGUGUUCGGCAUAUUGUGCUUACUUCCUUGCAUAUGGAUGGCAGCUGGGAAUGACCUUAGUUUUUUUUCUGGGCAACGACCCGGGGGGGGUGACGUUGUCCUGGGAUCGUGUGGUGUCUUCUCACAUGGACGACGGCAUGGCUGGUGGCGCGCUGAAGGGUUUGCGCUGUGCUUGUGCCCGUGCGUUUCCCCCACGCCCGGUCUGUUCUAUACUCCCCUUGUUUGUGUUGAUGAUGACUGAUUGUGGUCAUGCAGUUAGAUUUUGAUAGACCACGACCGAGAGGUGGAUUUAACUUCUCUCACUUGAUGCGUUACCCUCGUGCCACUACCUAUCGCACGCUGUUGUAUGUGCGCUCAAUGCUUCGAAAUGCCCGUUUCACCCGGUAUUUGUGGUAGUACUACGCCAUCAUCUUUCGUCGUCGGUUAUGUUUCCAUGGCGAAUGAGUUCAGGGUUUGUGUAGAGGUGUGUGGAACCAUCGAUGUUUGUUGAGCAAUGUAGGCUGCGUUUGUUGAUCAAUGUGGUAUGCGUACAAUGUAUAUGCAUUGCAAGGCAAUGGCAUGGUGUAGUGUUUUUUACCGAGUUUGUGCUAUGAGAUGGGGACAGCGUUCGGUGUUAACCAUGCUGCCCCCGAGAAGACUGUUCGGGAAUAGGCGGCUUCUCCCAAGCGCUAUGGCGCUUGUCUGUUUGUGGCUGCUAUUGAUUGGAUGGCCUCUGAGUUUGGGUGUUCGUCUACGAGGCAUUUUCGCGCUCUGUAGAAUCUGAUUUAUGUUGUCGGCGUCUCAGCGACAUGAGCGCCUGGGUUGGAUCCGGCCGUCGAGUUCACGUUGUUUUGAGCGUCCUCGCCUGCCGUCGGCUCAAUCAACUAACGUGGACUGCUGCUGCUGGAACUAGACAACCAAAUCGUGAAUUUACCGCUCGCUGGAAGUACGCGGAACAAUAUUGAUCGUAAACCCCCCCUCUCACUAGUCUACAUAUAAGAUGUUCCAAUAUUGAAUCGAC